CACGUCACACCCGCACACCAUAGACACACCCUCGUCCAGUAUCUCUCGUCCCGCAUCGACAUCCACACGCACACUCGCCUCCCCCGGUAACAAACAAUCAGGCCCGGCUUUCUUAAGACUGUCCCCCCAAUAUUACAGUCGUGAACUUCUGCCUCGACCUAGCCUGGGCCAGACAUCCCCGGACAACAUUGACUAGACACCGCUUUGCUUUGCGUCUUUACUUCGUUGCCUUUCUCUCUUAUCACUUUCGAGAAAGCUCGUGUGGCGGACUGUCUGUUCUCGGCUGUCGCCGUUUAUGCCAUUUUCCCUCGAACGAUCCAGCGCAGCGCAGUGCAGCAGCACGCGUUCCUACUAUCGGCAUCGAUUUACGUUCCUCCCCAAUACCCACUCACAUUCCACGGCUUCUUAGCCUGAACUCACCAUCGCUCACCCGGCUUCGAACUACGUUCCUGUCGUUGAGUCGCUCGGUUCGAGAACAAUGGCUCCCGUGGAGCGUGAAGCUUCGAGAGAUGCGGAUCGCCCGCUGAGACAUCAGCAUUCAAUGUCCUCUGAUCAAGGCAGAGCCCUGGUACCUAUGUGGGAUAGCUCAGAUCCCGACAGGGCCCCGCCGCCCUUGCCCUUGAAUCCGCAGUCGCCCGUCACAACCUCUAGAAAAGGGACAUCGGCUGCCAUCCAGUCUGCUCAUGCGGCCUUGACUGAAAGAGCGCGCGAAAGCGCCAUGGUCCCUGGCCCGUUGACGAAGCGUAGCACCGACAUCUCACCGGAGCGCUCUCUUAUCAAAGGAUCCCAUCAUAAGCGAAUGCAGUCGCUGCAACCAGGAAGCGUCAGAGACCUUAGCUUACUUCUUGAGAGUGGUCAGCAGUCCAACCCUCCGUCGCCGACAAAGUCUCCCGAGCGAACGACCCGACCCUCAACUCCUGGAGCCAACAGAAGGGACAGCUUUGCCGACUCGAGGAGAGACAGCUUCGCAGAUAGCAGAAGGGGUAGCUUCGUUGACUCGAGACCGACGGAGAGGGAGGCCACAACACCGUCCUCAGUCACGAGCCAGACCCCAGUUGUGCGCCCGGCAUUCAAGAGACAACAACAGAGUAUCUUGGGUGAAAACCCUCCUCCACAAUCUGCGACCAUGCUUGCCAUACAGAAUAUGCCGCUUCAGGUCCAACAAGAAAAUGAGAACGCCCUUGGGAAUGUAGCCAGCGGUUCCAUCAACGCCGUCGUAAGAGCUCCUCAGCAGGUCGAGGCUCUCUCGGGGCAGAUCUUGAGUCUCACCAGCAUUGCCACAGCUCUGCAAAAGGACAUGGCCCAACUGAGUCGACGAAGUCGGGACAAUGCGACUGACUUGCUGAGCCUGAAGGAGGCCACCAAAGCCCGGGACGAGGAUAUUCGCAAAAGCCUGCGCGAACUCAUCAACAAUGCUCAGGACGCCGCCGCAAGCAGCAGGCCGAGCUCCCGAGACCCCUUCGUCAACAGCUUGUUCGUCGAUAGCAAGCCUCACCACACGUCUCCACCCCCGAGCAAGGCCGCCCGCCCCUUUUCCCUGCCCAGAAUUCCAUCACCCAACAGCUUUGCAGCAUCAAUCGACCGAGACAACUUGAGCACGCCCUCACUAUGCAACUCAGAAUCUCCGGCCACAAUAGCCAUACUCGACAAAAUCAUCAAAGACAUGGGCACAAAGGAGGGUCACGACCUUCUUCUCGCUCGUUUGACAGACGUUGCCGAGAAGCUAGCUGGCGUUGCCCCGGCAUCGAAAGUAGAUGAGCUCAUUCAGCUCGUCAAAACUAAAUCGGACGAUGCUAUGGUAGCCCGAGGCGGGGGCGGUGGAGGGGACGGCAGCUCUAAGCGACCCCGCGCAGCUGGCUUCGACGAUGAUUCUAACAGCAUGGACUUCGACUUUGACCCCGGAUACGCCAGUCAGCUGACCCAUCGAUCCGAGAGAGCAUUGCACAAUGAACCUUCCGCACGCACCGCGGCCCUGUCCGCUAACGCCUCAGAGCUUGUCAGCGACGAAGUGCUCAAGAUUAUCCGCACCGUCAAGGACAGCGUCGCCCAAGGAGGCGGCUUGACUGCAGAGGUAAAGGCUCUAGUUCGUGAGCUUCGUGGAGAGGUCCUGGGCAUGGGGAGGGAGAUCGGCAGGAGACUGGACGAAGUCAACACACAGCCUAUGUCUGCCGAGCCAUCAGCCAACAACGAGGACAUCUCAAGGAUCGUCCACGAGGGUCUCGAUCAGAUGAGAGAGCACAUGGAUGAGCUUCUCCGUGAGCACCGCCGCCAGUCUUCUGCCUCUGCGUCGUCAAGAGCAACCCCGGUUGACUACCAGGAAAUUUACAACGCCAUGAGAGCGGCACUCCGAGACUCGCAGGCCUCGCAGCAGAAAGAGCCCGAUCUACGCCGGGAAGAUGUCAUUGAAGCUGUGAGGGUUGCCUGGGAGAGCUACAAGCCAGAGAUCGAAACCCAUGAUCCGGGACUCGGACGAGAAGAGAUCUUGGAAUAUCUCAAGGAGGGCCUACAGGACUACGUCGGCCAGGACGAACAACAUGUUGGAGCCUCUCGAGAGGAGGUAUUUCAGGCUGUGGUCGAAGGUCUCAAGCACUUCUCACCGCCGCGCGUGGAUACGCCCGCCAGCCUUUCCCGGGAUGAGAUUCUCGAAGCUGUCCGCGAAUGUUUGGAGGAGUUUGAGUUUCCUGUUGCACCCUCAGCGUUCACCCAGGAACUUACCCGCGAUGACAUGCUUCAUGCGGUCAAAGAAGGCCUGAGCGGAUACGAUCUGCCAACCGCCGGGGCUCUUGUCCCUCACCAACACAACAACGAGGAGAUCGUCACUCGACUGCAGGAUAUCCUCGAUUACAUGCGUGGCGAGUUCCGCGCUGUGACAGAUGAUGCGAAGCGAAAUGCCGCAGCCAACGGCCGUGACACGGAGCACAUCAUCGAUACGACGAAGGACGGACUGGAAAAGUUGCGUGCCGACAUGCAGGAGUACAUCAGCCACCUAAGCGGCACUGCCGGGCAAGAAGAGGUCACGCAGACCUUGCUUGGAACUUUGGACACCUUUAGGGACGAGAUGGCUUCGCUGGUCGAUCGUGUCUCGAGCGAUUCAAGGUCGACGAUAGAGAGCCACAUGGAGUCACUGCGGGAUACUGUCAACUCCUCCAUGGUUCCAGCCACUCCACAAGUCAACCAGAAAGAGAUCAUCGAGGCUGUGCGAGAUGGCAUCGACAGCGUUCGUACUGAGCUGCGCCGACCUUUUGCUGGAGUUACCGACAUCCUGGACGCCCUCCACGAUGGCCUGACGGACCUGCGCAUCAGCAUCGACAAGGUUGCCAACCGGCCAGCGGACCUUACCGCUAAUGACGAGAUUCUGGAUGCGCUGAAGUCCGGGCUUGACAAUGUUCGCUCGGAGAUUGAUGGUCUCCGGGAGCAACAAGACCAAAACGACAAGGCCUUGACAACAAUGCACGCUGGCGCCGUCGUCACAACAGAGAGUAUCAAACAGGACGACAUCAAAAACCUCGAGGUACUCAUCACUCAACUGCGCAUUAAGAUUGAGGCCAUGGAGCCUGCAAGCGUAGAUGCUGUGGCCAAGGACGACCUUGCACGCAUGGAAGACAUGCUUCGCUCCUUGCAGGAGUCCGCAUCGAAGGAUGACAUUCUUCGCCUCGAAGACAUGCUUCGACUCGUCCAAGAAUCGGUCUCCAAGGAUGAGACUUCCCGUAUCGAGGAGGUCUUACUCAACGCUCAGGAUUCGGUGUCCAAGGAAGAUGUGGCACGCCUAGAGGAAGCAAUCCUACACAUUCAGGAGUGGGUCAAGUCUAAAGAGAGUCCCGUCAGCACAGAUGCUGCCACAAAGGAGGAUGUCCAAGCUAUCGAGACCAUUCUGCGUAACACCAAAGGCCGAUUGGAUGACCUCAUUGAUAACGAACAAGCUGUGCGGAAGGAGCACCUUGACAGCCUCGAGAACACCAUACUGGAAACCAGGGAGACUAUUAACCUCAUCACCACCCAAAUGGAUAGUCUCUCGAAGAAAGACGAUGUGACUGCCGUCGAGGCUCUCGUAACGCAGGUUGCCGCAGGCUUCGAGGAGAUGAAGGAGAACGCCGCCAAACAACUUGAGGAUCCUGAGCGUGUUACAAAAACCGACGUCGAGGCCGUUGAAGCCGUUUGUCUCGACAUCAAGAACGUCUUCGACCAAAUGCUCAAGACAGACCUGGCCACACUUGCCAGCAAGGAAGACCUGAAAAAGACAGAAGCGGCCUUGAAGGAACUCAAGAAUCCUCUGGCGGGGUUGCAGGACGGACUGCAAGAGGGUCUCAAGGCUCCGUUGGAUGAGUUGAAGACCGAACUGAAGACGCCGUUGGAAGGACUCAAAACUCCGCUUGAGGAUCUCAAGGCCAGGCUCGACGCCCUCAUUGAAUCGCAUGACCAAGGAGGCGAAGACCGACAAGCCGAGAUUGUUGGCGUCAGCGAACGAGUCACUGAAGUGAAGACCUUCCUUGAGGAGUUCCAGGGCCUGAUCAAGAGCAAGCUCGAAGAGGGUGCCACAGGAAUCGAAACGCUUGCAAAGCUUUUCGAAGGCGUUUCAACAACCGUGGAGAACAACGCGACCGUCGGUCAGGAGCUGAGGGACCUCACCGACUUGAUGAAACUGGAAUUCGAGGAGUCCAAGGCCGGUUUGGUCGGCGCCAAGUUGGAGUCAGACGAGAAGUUCCAGCAGAUGACCGAAGCGCUGGCCACUAAGAUCGACGAGAAGGUCGCAGAGCUGAUGACCAAGUACGAUGAAUUUCACGUUGCUCUUGACGACCGCGCAAAGGCGGGGGAAGCCCGGGAUGCCAGCACUGAAGAGGCAGUUCUGGGCACCAGAGCCGUGGCCGAGGAACUCAAGUCCCUCGUCGAUACGCUUGGCGCUGCAGUCACCGACUCGAUGGAAAAAAUGGAGGAGGCGUCCAAGACAGUGUUCAUCAAGGUUGAGGACCUCAUGACCAAGUCCGAGGAGAACCACACGGACGGCAAGGCAGACCACCAGCAGACUCGAGAUCACUUGAAGCAAGCUGUGGAGGCCGUUGAAGGCCUCCAAGGGCAGGUCGGAGAAAUUCAGCCCCAAAUCCUCGAGUCCGUCAAGGACAUCUUGACGAUUGUCGGUCAGCACUACGACUACGCCAAAAUCUCAACGAACGACAUUCAGAGAACCAUCGAAGACGCCAAACCAGUUGAGCUGGCACUCCCGCCGAUCCCCGAAAAGUACGACGACGCCGGUGUCCACGAGAAGCUCGACAAGCUUAUCGAGCACGCUGCAGUCCCGGUCGAGAAGUACGACGACGCGACUGUCCAGGAGAAACUGGACAAGAUUGUCGAGUAUACCUCAGUACCCGUGGAAAAGUACGACGACACUGGCGUCCACCAGAAGCUUGAUAAGCUUGUUGAGCAUUCUCAGGUACCUGUCGACAAGUACGACGACGCACCGGUGCACGAGAAGCUCGACAGAUUGGCUGAGCAUGUUUUGGCUCCCAUUGAGAAGUACAAUGAUGCAGUGGUGCAGGAGAAGCUAGACAAGCUUGCCGAGCAACAGGCGCUGCUGCCAGUCGACAAGUACGACGACGGUAUCGUCCAGGAGAAACUUGAUAAGCUUGCGGAACAACAAGCUCUGAUCCCGAUCGACAAAUACGACGACGCAGUAGUCCAAGAGAAGCUCGAUAUGAUUGCUGAACAGCAACUAUUGAUUCCGACCGAGAAAUACGACGACGCUGCGGUCCAGGAGAAGCUCAACAAGCUGGCUGAACAGCAAUCGCUGAUUCCGACUGAGAGGUACGACGACGCAGUGCUCCAAGAGAAGCUGGACCAGCUUGCCGAAAAGCAGUCUCUGAUCCCGACUGAGAAAUACGACGACGCGGUUCUUCGAGAAAAGCUGGACAAGCUUGCUGAGCAACAGGCGCUGGUCCCGACCGAAAAGUACGACGACGCGGCCGUCCACGGGAAGCUGGACGAGCUUGUCGACCAUAGCCAUGCAGCCGAGAAGGCAUUUUCUCAGCUCGAAACGCUCGAGAAGGUCCAUCAACAGGUCAUCCAGACCGCAGCAGACAUAUCCCUUUUCCUAUCAAAUCAAACCAAGAAAAUCAAGGAGGAGGAGGAGGACCGAGAGCAGGCCCUACAGGAAGUCACUCUUGACUUGGAGCGGAAACUGACUCUCAAGGAGCAAAUCGAGUCAAGCCUGCUAGAUCUGAAGCAGGAAGAAGAAAGGCUCAGAACUUCUGUUGUUGGGCUUCGUACGGAGCAAGAGAGCCUCAUCCGCCAGAAGACAAGGCUGACGGCCGAUGUCUCAUCCCUUGAGACCGCACUGCAUAUUCGUCGGGACGAACUCCACGACAUGGAAACUCGUGCCGAAGGCUUGGAGCGGCGCAUCCUGGAGGGUGUUAUGGACCAUUCUCGAGUCCUCCUUAUGUCCAAGGCGACCAAGGGCCGUGACGCUAUGAGCCGUAAACGUGUCCGAGACCAGAAGCCGGGCCAAGAGAAUGUGUCUCCCGAGAAGCCUGCAUCGCCCGCCGUCAACUUAGCGCUCUCUGCGAAACGCAACCUAAAGCCGCCUGCGCAGACGGGCGCUGCACGCCGCAUCCUGUCCCUUAGUCAAAUCACUAACAACGUCCCAACCGGCGGUGUUCAGCGCAGCCAGAGUGUGAGGACUGCUGGAGCCAAGGGUCAUCGAAAGUCCAGCUGGGCGGGUGGCUUUUCCAAGGGUUAUGGGGACCUCGACAAGGAGAACAUGUCGUUGAAGGAGACUGAGGAGGAAAAUUUGCCAAGUCCCGCGCCGGUGCCCGUGUCCCAUGCUGACCCAAUCGAUGUGGCAGAGUCUCUGGUGGGCGGUGAAGAUCCGAGCGACACGGAGACCUUGCGCCGUAGCAGUCACGGCAGCCGGGUCAGCCGUGGUAGUCGCGGCACGACAGUCGUUACCGAGAGCACCGACAACUACACUGGCGACGGGGACUACUCCGACUACUACGACGACAACCAGAGCGACCUGCAAAGCGAUCUCCAGAGCGAGUGGACAGAGAGCGUCGUUAGCUCAAACGUCAGCUCCAACAUGAGCUCUGAUCUUGGUUCAAAUCUGAGCCAGGAGACUCUCAACAAUGACGUCGUGCUGUACGGGGAAACGGCCUGAAUUGGUGAGGAUGACGAUAUGAUAGGCUUUGACAUGAGCCAUUGACGAGUACUGAAUAACGCAACGGUUGGCGUUCACGGCAGAUUGUAUUAAUUGGAGUGAAGUGUUUUGUUUCUUUUGUCUGUUUCUGUAGCUGGCAGCGCUAGAAUGACCAGUCGAUGUUUUCGGCAUUGUGGAUAGUCAGUUUGUAGGGUUCAGUGGUAGAAUACAAGAGGAGCAACAGAACAAACGUAUCGAGUGUGCGCCACGGUGAAUUUGCUUUAUGCGCCUCCGUGAUCGAGUUGCUAUUUUUCGAGACCCGCCAGAUGUACUUAAAGGGCUGCGAGUGUCAAUUUCCGCGAGUGUGAAAAAGGGUAUGGUUACAAAAAGAUACAGGGUUCAUCUGGGCUCGACAUGUGCAGUCACGACGCUGUCACGAGCCGUCAUUAUGCGGGGGUUUUCCUAAUGAUCUUCUCCUUUCCGUCCAUCCACGGUUGCAAACAGGCCGGGAUUGAAACGGACAUUUCCUUCUCGUUCCAACCGGCCUCCAAAAGAGCAGCCAGCACUCUGGGGACGGCGAGCGCUGUGCCGUUCACGGUCCAGGGGAACGUGAGCUUGCCGUCAAUUUUGGCGCGCGUGGCGAGCCUCCGCGUCUGAUAGUCGGUGCAGAUGCUGGCCGAGGUGACCUCGCCCCAGCCGUCGUUCUGCUGCUGGCGGGAGGGGAAGAAGGCCUCAAUGUCGCACUUGCGCACGGCCGAGGCGCCGAGGUCGGUGGAGGGCAUCUCGAGGACGCGACAAUGCAGGCCCAGGGAGCCGAGGAUCUCGGUUUGAAUGUCGAGCAUCUCCUCAAAGAUAUCGAUCGUCUCGCCCAGGUCGGGGGGCGUCCAGGCGAACAUUUCGACCUUGGUGAACUCGUGCACGCGGUACAGGCCCUUUGUGUUUGCGCCGCGGGCGCCGGCCUCGGCGCGAUAGCAGCGCGAGACGGCGACGCGCUUCAUGGGGAGCUCGGAGGCGUCGAGAGUCGUCUCGGCCUUCAUUCCGGCCAAUGGGAUCUCCGAGGUGCCGGCGAGGGAGAGCUCCGGCUUGCCGCGGUCCGCGUCGGCCUGCGACUGAGCGAGCGCGUAAAUCUGCUGCUCGCCGUUCUGAUCUCGUGGCUGGAACCCGCAAGCCGAGCCGAUGUGGCUGUAUACGAUGCUCGGCGGGGCAACCUGACGCCAGCCGUGUCUCGUGGCAACGGCCAACGCGUACUGGACGAGGGCCUGCUCCAGCUGGGCGGCUUCGUCAAGGAGGUAGUACCAGCCCCAGCCGGAGGUGUUGCCGGCGGCGGCGAAGUCAAGCAGGCCCAGCUCCGAGCCGAUGUGGACGUGGGACCUCCACACCUUGUCUGAUGCGCUCGGGAUCACGGCCGGGUGCUCAUUGAUGUAGCUCAGCAGCUGCGGCUCGUCGCCGAUGGGAGUGGCUUCGCUGGUGAGGUUGGGGAUGCCGAGGGCCAGGGCCUCCAUUUCCUCCACGAGCCGCGCCUCAUCCUGCUCGACGGCGGUGAGCUUCUGCUUGAGCUCGCGCGCCUCUGCAAGCAGCUCCUCGCGCGAUCUCUCCUUCAUUUUGACCAAAUCAGCGUCGUCGCGGCUCGAGGCCGGGUUGGCGAUCUGGCGGCGCAGGAGGUUAGACCGCUCGCGGACGACGCGGCUGUCCUUCUGGAGAGCCUGCCAUUGUGCAAAGAUUUCGUUGAUGCGUGCUGGGCUCUUACUUUGAUCGGCAUAGUUGCGGUCGAUGCAGUUUUCCUCGUGCAGCUUCGCGUUCUCCCUGAUGUGCCGAAUGUCGAUGAUUGGCUUCGGCGCCCCCGGUGGUCGCUUGACGUCGGCGAAGGCGCGACGAUGAGGCAAGGAGCGGUUAAUGAGGCGUGGUGAGGCCGUGGGACGCAGUAAAGGCUUCGCCACCAUUAUUGAGUGGCGGAAUAGACAUGUUGGAGCUCUCCCCAUGUCGAUGGUCGAUGGACGAGGUGCUAUGGGUUUCGUGGGUGAGGGUACCUGAAUGCCGCUCCUUCAGGACGAGUGAGUUGCGAUGAGCUGAGGUGAAGGUGAUAUUGAUAUUUGGGUGAAUCG